GAGGAAUGGUGUCCCGGUACGAUUCAUGCAGGAUAGAGCACCUAAAUAAAGAGCGACUCUCCGGCGGUGGAGCCGAGCGUUAAUCCGCGGUCGACAGGACGCUCGCUCCGGUCUGUCCCGACAGACAGCAGCGAGGUUUGGUUGAGCUCACAUCCCAAACAGCUCACACACAGAGUCUGGCUCCGCCUCCUCUCCAUAUGAUAUGACAUCACUCUGCGGUUACCACAGAAACCAGGGCUCCACUGCAGACGACGGUUGACAGCCAAGCAGGUGGUGCAAUGGCUGCCCAGGUUGAGGUUGAUGCUGGGCGGCCAUGUGUGGUUGGGAGUCGUCUGCACCUUAGCCCUCUCAUAGACUCUAGCAACAAGAGCUUGAUGGAGAGUUCAGGUGGCACCCAGGGGCCACUUAUUUUUCACCCGGAGCCUAACAAACCUGCCCCGGGUCCCAAGCCUAGACUCACCCCAAAACCUUUCACUGUGGAGAAAAAUCCCACUAUACGCCCCAUUCUUGCUCCUAAACCACAGCCAAAACCAAAACCUGAACCCAGUCGACCAGUUUCCUCCAAACCAGACCUGCCCAGCACACCUAAACCGCAGCUAGCCAGUAAACCCAGUGUACCACCUGCCUUUAAAACAGUCCCGAAGCCCAGCGGUCAAACAAACAAACCUGUGGCCUUUAAACCAGCACCAACCAUCGCUUCUACUGAUUCCAGCAAAUUUAGAACAACCCAAACCGGGGAUGUGCUGAGAAGAACAAGCUUUGGAGCCUCACCAGCUCGACCCAAAACUGAUUUUCAGACCUCCACUCCUGGUGCUGAAUGGCCUUUUGGUUCUCCGAAGAAACAGCCUGGCCCUUCAAUCACUCGUGCUAAAUCAGUGGGCUUUCUCUCAGAGAUCGGACUUAAUAACGAGGACAGUAAAGAGGAUUCUGGUGCUAAGGAUGCGUGUUCUUCUACUGUUCUUCGCCCCCAAUCUAAAGGUUCAAGACCCAGACCGGUUUCAGCUGCGUUUCUCCAAAGCCCCACUAUGUCUGAGUCUCAGGUUGUAUCCCCUACACCUGCUCCUCGUUGGACAAAAGGACGACCCCUUUCAUCUGAUCUUACCUCUAAGUUUGAGACAAUUGGGCUGUCCCUAAACCGGCGACCUACCAAGGAGGAUGGUAAAGAAAACACUCCUCAAAUGCUAGAGGGUGUUGGAGCUAAGACUCAAGAGAAAGAACACAGUGCUGAAAGGGCAGAAGGGUCAAAAAAGUCCCAAAAGGACUCAAAAGAUUGAAUCCAAAA